AUGUCUGCAAAUGCCGGCUCCCUCCCCAAAUCCCACGCUCGAAAUCAUUCACAUUCUGUAUCCUCGGGUUCCCUGAUACCAAGUCACAGAGUGACCCGCCGGAAGAGUGUAUCUUCGAAUGCUAGCAAUGUCGCAGCCAUGGUCGCCGCUGUGAGGGAGGCUGGAGAUACUUCUUUGGGAAUGCCUAUUUCUGCUCGCCGGAACACAAUGUCGAAGAGUGCUUCUGCUAGGUCAGCAGCCCUUGGCAGCCUACCUUCACCACCUGCGAGCUUGCUGGGACACAGAAUCCGUUUGACAUCGAGUGGUAAAUCGGACCGCGGGGAGAGUGCAAUUGAUGACCAGAUGGAUGAGAUGGACGACGAAGAAGAGACAGGAUUUGAACAAUCGCGUAUGAGAAGAGCAAGUGAAGGAUCACAUCUUACCAAGGAUGGCAAGAAGGCCAGUGGAGGAGACCUGAAGUGUGACAAGUGUGGAAAGGGAUACAAGCACAGCAGCUGCUUGUCCAAGCAUUUGUUCGUGCCCACCUUCCUUUCCUACAUGCCCCAUAUGGGCCUUGUAGCGUGGGAGCAUACUCCGGAAUGGUCUUAUACUUCGAAACUACUUAUUUCGAAGCAUCAGCAAGUGCAGCUUUUGGAAGCAGCUUCGGUCCUGGUGACUAUGAACCAAGAUGGUCCAACACCACCAGAGUCUGCCAAGGACUUCCAAAGCGAUCAAGAAUCUGCAUCCCCAACUGCAUCUCCAACUGUCUCGGGCUCGGAACCAAAUGAUCGGGCAAGCUCUGCAGAUACUACACCUCCACCACAAGCAGACAGCGUGUACAGUGGAUCCUACAUUGGCAGGCACAAGAGGUACAGCAGUGGGUAUGGUUUCUCUCGCUCAUACCAAUCAGCACCAUCUGUCAACUCAAUCAACAUUGGAAGUGUCCCGACAAGCUCCGGCUUCGGGCAUCAUCGUCAACCAAGUCACGAACGUCGUCCAUUGUCUUCUGGUUUCAACCGCAAUUCUGAGGAUGAGGGUUUGGCCGCUGCUGUAGAGCUGCUUUCCUGCAGCUUUGGAAGUACUGGAACGCCGAGAAUUGUUCCUGUCACACUCCCAGAAGAUGCUCCACCUGUGCCGCAUAUUCCCGCACAAUAUCUCAGCCAAGGUUCGAUCUCUAGUCACUCAUUGACACCCAGUCAGCAUCCCAGGCAAGCUGAAAGCUAUACUCGCCACAGAAUUCAUGUCGCUGGAGAUGUCAAGAUGGAAGAAAGCGAAGAGAGCGUCGCUGAUGAUGAUGAUGACUAUGACCAGCGUUCCCGUGGUCGCAGUGACGAAGAUGAUGAUGGAGUAUUUGGUCGCAUGGAAGAAUAA